AUGUUCAUGAUCAUGCCCGCUACGCGCAAGCCUGCCCUCUGCGAAGAACAGGUAGAAGAGCGGCGCGCACGCGUGAGGAAGGCGUGCAACCGGUGCCGCAUCAAGAAAUCCAAGUGUGAUGGCCACAUGCCCUGCGCGAGAUGCCAACGCGACAAAGUUGCUUGCACAGCCGAUCGCGGGCCAUUGGAUCGCAGAGAGCUGUCGCGGAGCUACAUCUCGUCUCUGGAGCAGCAGCAGAUAUCGCUGCUCAAUGCCCUUCACGAACUGCACCGCCGUUUUCCGACCGAUAGCAAGAUCCGAAACGUCCUAGGGCAGCUCGAGGCAAGCGGCUUCGACGUGCGUCCACUCGAGCCGCACAACGAAUUGCUCCGAGAUGGCGAUGCCGUGCGUGGACAGAGCGCCUCCGAAGGCAGAACGGACCACGCCGCGGGAGAUAAUGUAGGCUUGGACUUGGACAGCACUUGCUCGUUCAAUUUGGGGCCUCUUCUUGCACAGCCCGAGCCACUCGACUCGCAGACCGUGGCCGACUUUUUGUGGAGCGCCGGUGAUGUCACCACCCAGGGCAUACAUCAGGACGUCUUCUUCACCGAUCCACCAGCGGAUCUGUCUGCGCUAUUAAAUGUGGAUUUCACAAGCCCUACGGACUUCCCCACUCCUGGUGGGCGUGCUGGCCAGCAUCUAGCCUCUGUCUCACAAGAAAUGGGCUACGACCUAGACCGCGUAGGAAGUUCGGACGGUCAAGAUGCGCCGAGAGCGCCAUUAGCCAUAUAA